AUGGAGUUAUAUUCUUCUCUACGCAAAAUCAAGAGAGCGAGGAGCAAUCAACGGUGGAUGAAACUACGUACAACCGUGCAGCUAACCUCGGCGAUUCCGAAGAAGCCGCCGCUGAAACGUGAAGAUUCAUUCAUGAGAAGGUUCUCCCCUCGGCAGGUACCAGAGAAUCAAGAGACCCUUGAUAUCGCCGACGGCGAAGAGGAGAAUGCGACCAACAGGACGGGUAGCCUGCGGCGCAGGCGACACCGUAGACUUCGGAAAACGUCCAAAACCGUGGUCAACCCCGAUAAAAGUUUCUAUUUUUAUUGGCUGAUGCUGGUGUCGGCCUGCGUCCUUUACAAUCUCUGGGCGCUGAUCGUCCGUCAGACUCUAAUGGAGCUGCAGGGGCUGGCGCCCGGUACUUGGCUCGCCUGCGACUGCUUUACCGAUCUCGUGUUUCUGCUGGAUGUGGUGGUGCAGUUUCGCACCGGUUACUUGAAGCAGGGCCUAAUGGUUUACAAUAGUCGGAAGCUCGCCCGUCACUACUUUAGAUCCAGGUCCUUCGUCAUGGAUUUGACGGCAUUGUUGCCGCUCGAUCUGCUCCAGAUAAAAUUCGGCUUCAAUCCCAUGCUAAGAUUUCUCAGGUUCUUCAAAAUCUACCGGCUGUACAAUUUUUACUACAUAAUGGAGUCACGCACGGUUUAUCCGAAUGUCUGGCGCGUGGUGAAUCUCAUUCACAUACUGCUCCUACUGGCGCACUGGUUCGGCUGCUUUUACUACAUGCUGAGCGAGUACGAGGACUUCCAAGGUGACUGGGUAUACCCAUAUCGGCCCGGCGAGUAUUCUAGCCUGACCAGGAGGUAUCUCGGCUCUGUUUACUGGUCCACCCUGACACUGACGACCAUUGGUGAUCUGCCCACGCCGGAGACCAACAUUGAAACAGCGAGCGGCAAUCCCCGGAGCCUCAUUCGUCGCGGCCGACUGUCCCGGCUUCUGCGGAUCAAGCAUAAUGGAGGGUAUCUGUAUCGUUUCUAA